AUGUCGAUGCACACUUCCCUUCGUCGCUCCGCGACCACGAUAUCCAGCUCAACCUCCAGCUUCCUCCCCACUCAAUCACCGUCUUUCCAAAUCAAAUCCACAACCUUCAUCUGCUCCCAGUGCCGUCACGCCACGCUCCUCCGCCGUCCCAAGCGGCCAUACACCUUCACCCAACUCGUGACUCUCUCCGACGGCAGCGCCUUCACCCACCGCACCACUUCUCCCGCCCCCGUUUACCGGGCAACUCGUGAUACCCGCAACUCGCUCCUCUGGAACCCUUCCAGCAGCAAGCUGAUGAACGUGGAGGAGGACGAGGCGGGUCGAUUGGCGGCUUUCCGUGCGCGUUUCGGUCGUAGCUGGGACGCUAGUGCCCCUGUGACGGAGGAGGCCGCGUCAACUGGAGAUGCAACCCAGGAUGCUGCCGCCAAAAAGGCGGAGAAGGAGGCCGCGGAGGCGCAGGCCAAGGCUGAUCAGGAGGAAGAGGAUAAUUUGUUGGAUUUGAUCAGUUCCUUUGGCCAGGAUGAGCCUCAGGUCUCGGGAAAGAAGAAGAAAUACUGA